AUGCGCCCUGAUUCUGAAAGACUAUUGGUCAGUAAAGUGGAAGAGGACCUUUUAGUAAUUGCUACAUGGGAGCUAGACGUUAAUGGAACGGAAUUAGCAGAUGCUUUUGUUAUGUGCGGGGUAUUAUACGGACUGGAGAAUGCAAAAGAUCGCGAGACAUUCAUCUCUUUUGCCUUUGAUUUGGAAAGAAAGAAUUUUAAAAAUAAAUACCUAAAUUAUUUAGUUAAUUAA